ACAAGAGCAUAAACAAGCAUGUCUUCCUUCAAAGCUUACGGCAAAGUCAGUGAAUCCGACCAAGCCAAGCUUGAUGCUCGUCGCAAGACUUGCAGGAGAGUCGCCAUCAUAUCCAUUUCCUCCAUAGUUCUUGUCUGCGUCGUAGUUGCCGCCGUGGUUGGAACCGCUACUCAUAACUCCAAAAAAGGUGACGACAAUGGCAAAGGUACGCUUUCCGCUUCCGUCAAAGCCGUUUGUGACGUGACAUUGUACCAGGACUCGUGUUAUUCUAGUCUUGGUCCUAUUGUCAACUCCAGCAAUUUUAAGCCUGAGGAUUUGUUCAAGUUGUCAAUUCAAGUGGCAAUUACUGAACUGUCCAAAGCUGCUACUCAAAUUUCCGAUCAAGGGCUUUUCAAAGGUACUGUCACGGACAAAUUGUCUGUGGCAGCUUUGAAAAACUGUGGCGAGCUUCUGAGUCUUGCCUUGGAUCAUCUCAACGAGUCGUUGUCCGGGGAUGGUUCCUUGGUCGAAGUGGUUGAAGAUCUUAAAACAUGGUUGAGCUCUGCAGGAACUUUCCAGCAGUCAUGUGUAGAUGGGUUUGAGGAUGCAAAAGGAGAUCUAAAAGCUACCAUUGAAAAGUAUCUCAAGACUUCUACUGAACUAACUAGUAACAGCCUUGCCAUUGUCUCUUGGAUUUCGAAAGUAGCCAACUCUGUGAAGCUAAGGCGGUUGCUGAGUCACGAUGGUGCCGCAGCUAGCCAUGGCAUGCCGGAGUGGCUGCACCAGACAGACCGCAGGCUAAUUGAAAGUUCAGAUUUGAGGAAGAAGGCCAACAUUGUUGUGGCCAAAGAUGGGAGUGGCAAGUACAAGACAGUAGGUGCUGCACUGAAGGCUGUGCCGGACAAAAGCAAGAAGAGAACAGUCAUCUACGUGAAGAAGGGUGUUUAUUUCGAGAAUGUUCGAGUGGAGAAGUCCAAGUGGAAUGUUGUGGUGGUCGGCGAUGGAAUGACUUCAACUAUUGUGUCUGCCAGCCUCAACGUUGUGGAUGGAACUCCCACCUUUUCCAGUGCAACAUUCGCGGUAUUUGGUAAGGGAUUUGUCGCCAGAGACAUUGGAAUUCGUAACACAGCCGGAGCGGCCAAGCACCAGGCGGUGGCACUAAUGUCGAGUGCUGACCAAACGGUGUUCUACAGAUGCCACAUUGAUGCUUUCCAGGACUCGCUCUACGUUCAUGCCAAUCGCCAAUUCUACCGAGAAUGCAACAUUUACGGAACAGUUGAUUUCAUUUUCGGAAACUCAGCAGUAGUCCUCCAAAACUGUAAGGUGUUCCCCAAGGUACCAAUGGUUGGCCAGCAGAACACAAUCACGGCACAAGGCAAAAUCGACCCCAACCAAAACACGGGAAUCGCAUUUCAGAACUGCACCAUUUCGCCUUUUGGAGACUUGUCUUCGGUUAAGACUUACCUCGGGAGACCUUGGAAGAAUUACUCCACAACAGUGUACAUGCAAACAUUCAUGGGAAGCUUGAUUCACCCUGAUGGAUGGUUGCCAUGGGUAGGCACAACAGCACCUGACUCCAUUUUUUACUCCGAAUUUCAGAAUUUCGGACCUGGUUCUGUGACAAAGAAUAGAGUUAAGUGGAAGGGCUUGAAAACAAUAACCAGCAAAGUGGCCGGCAAAUUUACCGUGCACUCAUUUCUUGAAGGAACCAAUUGGAUCUCCGAUGCAAGUGUUCCCUAUAAAUCCAACCUCUGACCAUUUGGUGGUCUUCAUGAACAG